ACUAAGAAUCACAGAGUACUUUUAGUUACACUACAAUAUAUACUAAGAAUGUGCAGUAUGUACACAGUUGCUGGGUCCAACUUAUUUGGACAGUGGUCGUGUCAUCAAAAUUAUUUUGAAAGUUUUGUAUCCCUAGAUAAAUGUGAAUCUUUCAAAAGAUCGACAUUACUAUGCGUAACUUGGUCUUAUAACUUAUUCUCCUUGGAUGACAGAAUAUUUUUAUCAGGUGCCUUUAGAGGAAAAACGAACCAGUUUGUGGCACUUCCAUUUCCCACUGAAUUUAAAAACAUAUCCUAUAUGUUAGCCGCCGGCAAUGAUUACAAUAUAAUUUUAAUAGACAAAUAUAAUUCUAUAUACAUUUUCAAUUUAAAAACAGAACAUUUUAAAAGAAUUACUGUAACUGAAUACAGUAAUGAUGCUAAUACUGACAUAUCAAAUGUGUUUAUAAAAGUAAUAAUGUCAAAUAAUUCGGCAUUAUAUUUAACAUAUUCCGGCGAUGUUUAUAGUGGCCUUCUACCAAUACAUUUAGAUACAAGUAAUUGUUAUGGACAAGUAGUUGAUAUUAACAUUGGCUAUGAGCAUUUUUUGUUGCUGACAGAUACUGGUAGAGUUUACACUUGGGGCAAUGGAAGGAGACUCCAACUUGGACAUGGAGAUUUAAACAAUUUAGAAAAUCCAAAAGAAGUUGAGGCUUUAGCUGGAAUUAAUAUUGUGAAAGUCAGUACAGGUGGUUGGCAUUCCUGUGCUUUGAGUGAACAUGGUGAUUUGUAUGUGUGGGGUUGGAACAACACUGGACAGCUUGGGAUAAAACAAAAGGAAGAACCAUUCUUAUUAAGAAGUUAUGGGAUUCCUAUGUUAGUAGAUCUUUAUGAUGAUGAUGGCAAAGAGAUAGAAGUAAACAUAAAAGAUGUGGAUUGUGGAAGUAAGCACACAGCUAUUUUGCUUGAAGAUGGGUCAGUGUGGACUUCAGGUGGUAACAAAUAUGGACAGUUGGGAUUCAGUGUAAAAACCACACAAUUAGAUUAUUUUAAAAAAGCUUUUGUUAGUGAUAGUAAUCAAAGUGUGAUAUGUGCACUAUGGAAUACUGUUGUAUUAUCAUAGCAAUGUGUAGAUUUAAAUACUAUCAUUCUCUUAUGAAUUUGUAAAAAGAAUUCACCUAUCAUUCACUCUGGAAUACAAAUUGUACAUCCACAAUAUCUGUUUCCAUAUUUACCAUUAAAUCAAAUUAUAUUAACAGUGCAGUGCAUAGUAAUAUUAUCUGUAUUCCGGAAUGUACAAAAUGGAAUCAUGCAUCCAAACAUAGAAACUUAAACCUUAUUAUGACAUCUGGAAAUUGAAAGAGUUGAUAAAUAAUUAUUAUGAGUGAUAAUACCUCACAUAAUUUUAAGAAUGAAUCCCAGGUCAUUCAUGUAUCCUGGGAAAUGAAAGUGAGCUAAGUCAGGCUCACCAACAGGAUCCCUUCGACAUUAGUAAUUGUUUAUUUAUAUUUUAUAAAAGUGGAAAUUUUCCAAUAUUACUGAGUAAUUUGAAAAAAAGUUUUUAUAGCCAUUAAAUUAUAACAGUUAAAAUUGUUUUAAUUGAUUUUUUAGGCAGUAAUAAUAAUAAUAAAUAAACUUCGAGAUUUUCAAAAAUUAUUACUAUUUCAAGUCAUAUGUUUAAAUUUGUUUAAUAAAGUGUCAUUGGAAAGGUGAUGUAGAGAAUUGAAAAAAUAUGUUUUCCCGCUCUUGGUCAGCCUUUUUUUGUUUUAUUUAUUUAGUGGCACGGGAUGCAAGUCCAUAGGCCAUCUCGGUCAGCCACAACAUUAGGGAUGUCAGCCUGCCAGGUGUAAAAAGGAAUUGUUACCCAUUCUUCUCAUGUCUGAGGCAGUCUCUUUUGAAUGGUUGGUAGAUUUUGACGUUCAAUAAGUGAUUAUAAAUCCUAUUUUGAAUAAAAAUAUUUGAAUUUGAA